CUCUUUUGCCGAAACCAAAAGAAAAAAAAACCAAGAACCAUCAAGGAGGAAGCCAAGAAAAAAACGUCGGUGAUGAGAAGAGGGGCUUUGUUAUGUGGACAAGACCAAGAUGAGAUUGAACAGCUUUCAAGAGAGAGUAGUCAUUUUAGUCUUUCUACUGGAAUUUUGCCUUCACUUGGGGCAAGAAGUAAUCGACGAGUUAAGCUUCGGAGAUUCGUUGUAUCUCCUUAUGAUCACAAAUACAGGAUAUGGGAGGCUUUCCUAGUGGUUCUUGUGGUUUACACAGCUUGGGUUUCGCCUUUUGAGUUUGGGUUCUUGAGAAAGCCAAGGCCACCACUCUCUAUCACCGAUAACAUUGUGAACGCAUUCUUCGCUAUCGAUAUCAUCAUGACAUUCUUUGUGGGUUACCUCGAUAAAUCGACUUACCUCAUUGUUGAUGACCGUAAACAGAUUGCAUUUAAGUACUUGCGUUCUUGGUUCCUUCUUGAUCUUGUUUCAACCAUCCCCUCAGAGGCUGCUAUGAGAAUCUCAUCUCAGUCUUAUGGAUUGUUUAACAUGCUUCGUCUUUGGCGUCUUCGCAGAGUCAGUGCCUUGUUUGCCAGACUAGAGAAAGACCGCAACUUUAACUACUUUUGGGUCCGAUGCGCAAAACUCGUUUGUGUUACCCUUUUCGCGGUUCAUUGUGCUGCAUGUUUCUAUUACCUUAUUGCAGCGCGGAAUCAUGACCCAGCAAAGACCUGGAUUGGAGCAUCCAUUGAAAAUUUCCUAGAGGAAAGCUUGUGGAUGCGAUAUGUGACUUCCAUGUAUUGGUCCAUUACUACUCUAACCACUGUUGGUUAUGGUGAUCUGCAUCCUGUGAACACAAAGGAGAUGAUAUUUGAUAUCUUCUAUAUGCUCUUCAACCUCGGAUUAACCGCAUACUUGAUUGGUAACAUGACCAAUCUGGUAGUCCAUGGAACAAGUCGGACUAGAAAUUUUAGAGAUACAAUCCAAGCUGCUUCUAAUUUUGCUCAUAGAAACCAUUUACCGCCUCGUCUGCAAGAUCAAAUGCUUGCACAUUUAUGUUUGAAAUAUCGGACUGACUCUGAGGGGCUACAACAGCAAGAAACGCUCGAUGCACUCCCAAAAGCCAUUAGAUCGAGUAUAUCACACUUUCUAUUCUACUCCCUCAUGGAUAAGGUCUACCUGUUUCGCGGAGUAUCCAAUGACCUGCUUUUUCAACUGGUCUCAGAAAUGAAAGCUGAGUACUUCCCACCAAAAGAAGAUGUUAUCUUACAGAACGAAGCGCCAACAGACUUCUACAUCCUUGUGAACGGUACCGCGGACUUGGUGGAUGUAGACAGUGGAACAGAAACUAUUGUGAAAGAGGUUAAAGCUGGAGACAUUGUAGGGGAGAUAGGGGUGUUAUGCUACAGACCACAACUGUUUACAGUGAGGACAAAACGUUUGUGCCAACUGUUGCGUAUGAACCGUACAACUUUCUUGAAUAUUAUUCAGGCCAAUGUUGGAGAUGGUACCAUAAUCAUGAAUAAUCUACUUCAGUAUUUGAAAGAAAUGAAUGAUCCGGUGAUGACGAAUGUUCUGCUGGAGACAGAAAACAUGCUUGCACGUGGUAAAAUGGAUCUUCCUCUCAAUUUAUGCUUUGCUGCAAUAAGAGAAGACGAUUUGCUUUUACAUCAGUUACUAAAGAGAGGACUUGAUCCGAAUGAAUCGGAUAACAAUGGCAGAACACCUCUGCAUAUAGCAGCAUCAAAAGGAAGUCUGAAUUGUGUGCUUAUUCUGUUGGAGUACCACGCAGACCCCAAUUGUAGAGACGCAGAAGGGAGUGUACCAUUGUGGGAAGCAAUGGUGGAAGGGCAUGAGAAAGUUGUAAAGGUACUGUUAGAACAUGGCGGUACCAUAGAUGCAGGGGAUGUGGGUCAUUUUGCUUGCACGGCGGCUGAGCAAGGGAACUUGAAGCUAUUAAAAGAAAUUGUUCUACAUGGAGGAGAUGUUACCCGUCCCAGAGCCACAGGCACCUCUGCACUCCAUACUGCUGUAUGUGAAGAGAACAUUGAGAUGGUAAAGUAUCUUCUGGAGCAAGGUGCAGACGUUAACAAACAGGAUAUGCAUGGUUGGACGCCGAGGGAUCUUGCUGAGCAACAAGGGCAUGAGGAUAUUAAAGCUCUAUUCCGAGAAAAGUUACAUGAAAGGAGGGUGCAUAUCGAGACAAGUUCUUCAGUCCCUAUACUUAAAACCGGGAUCCGAUUCCUCGGAAGAUUCACUAGUGAACCCAACAUCCGUCCUGCAUCGAGAGAAGUGUCUUUCAGGAUUCGGGAAACAAGGGCAAGACGGAAAACUAACAACUUCGAUAACUCGUUGUUUGGGAUAUUAGCAAAUCAAAGCGUACCCAAGAACGGGCUAGCUACGGUAGAUGAAGGCAAAACUGGAAACCCGGUGCGGGUGACAAUUAGUUGCGCAGAGAAAGCUGAGGUAGCUGGGAAGCUGGUGCUGCUUCCUGGGAGUUUCAAGGAGUUGCUAGAAUUGGGUUCCAACAAGUUUGGUAUUGUUGCUGCCAAAGUUACAAGCAAAGACAACAACGCAGAGAUUGAUGAUGUAGAUGUUAUAAGAGAUGGAGAUCAUCUUAUCUUUGCAACUGAUUCUAAAAACCCAUAGAAACUCUCUGCCAAAUUAUAUCACCUAUUGUUAUUAAUGACAAGUUGAUAACUCUUGUUUUAACAACAUUGUCAAAAAAAAAAGACCCUCAAUAAAGAAUGCUUCAAGGA